AUGAACGUUCUUAGGACAAGUCGUUCCCUAUUUCUAAGAUCUUUCCGGCCUUCAAUUUUCUCUAUACGGAACUUUUCAAAGGCUGCUUUGCCUAACGAUGUUGCUUUUGCAUUUGAUAUUGAUGGCGUCCUAAUUCGUGGAGGACGUGCUAUUAAGGAAGGAACGAGGGCUCUUCAAUUCCUUAAAGACAACAAGAUUCCUUUCAUUCUUUUGACAAAUGGCGGAGGUGUCCACGAAUCUGUUAGAGCUAAACUGUUAUCCACGACAAUGCAAGUUGAUUUGAAAGAGAAGCAAUUCUGUCAAUCUCACACACCUUUCCGAACAUUGACGAACAAAUAUAAGAAUGUUCUUGUCAUGGGCGGAUUUGGAAACAAAGUCCGUGAAACUGCAGAAGCUUAUGGUUUUGAAAAAGUUAUCACGGAUGUUGAUGUUUUGGCAAAGCGUGGAAUUCCGUUUUGGCCCUUUACUUAUUUGACUGAAAAGGAUCUUGUUAGUGCACAAGACUUCGAUGACACUCGUCCUAUUGAUGCUGUUUUCACUUAUGUUGACCCUGUUAAUUUCGGCUUGGACUUACAGCUAUUGAUGGAAUUAGCAUGUUCUAAGAAUGGAGUUCUUGGAACUCAAUCGCCCACAAUGACUGAAGGUCCAGACAUUUAUUUCUCAAAUGCUGAUUUGAUCUGGCCCAAUGAAUAUAACGUGCCACGCCUUGGUCAAGGCGCAUUUGGUAUUUGCUGUGAAAAUGUUUACCGUGCGUUAUCCGGUAAAGCUCUGAAAUGCACCUACUAUGGCAAGCCUCACAGUGUUACCUACAAAUAUGCUACUAAUGUGCUUAAUGAUUUCCGUCGCGAGAUGAACGCUACCACCCCAUUGCGGGAAAUAUUUAUGGUAGGCGACAACCCUGCCAGUGACAUCCGGGGAGCAAACAGCUUUGGAUGGACCAGCAUUCUUGUCCGCACUGGCGUGUUUCAAGGAAAGGAGAACAGUGAACAGUAUCCCGCUAAACAUGUGUCUGCGAACGUUUGGGAGGCUGUUCAGUGGGCGCUGACCCAUACCCAUAAAGGAACUGUCAAUGACUCGUCCGCAAAUGGUAGGAUUAGUGGCCGACGUGCUUUUCACUCCUCGUCGAUUUCACGGCUACAGGACGAGCGCGUUGAAAAUGGCGUUGUGCUACUGCCACUAGCCAUUCUGUUUAUUGGAAGAGACCUCGCUCUCAUUUCUGCGGCUUUUGUUUUACGCCUUGCGUACUUUCCCAAACCACUGACUAUGAGACGCUUUUUUGAUAUGGGUAUUCCCGUUACUGAAAUGCAUCCUACCCGUUUAAGCAAGUGGAAUACGGCACUUCAGCUUUUGUUGCUCGGACUGUUGACAGUAGAGCCUCUCAUCGACCUUGACAUUGACGGCUUGAAGGUUGCCCUUAUGUAUAUCACUGCAAUUACCACAGCCUCUAGUGGCUUGUCGUAUGUAUUCUCGAAAAAAGCGGUUAAAAUCCUUACCAAAAAAGGAAGUAAAGCAUUGUAG